AUGGUCAAAAUCACCACCUCCGUUGUUCUUGCCGCCAUUCUCGUUGCCCCCUCCAUCGCUGCUCCCAUCGCUGCUGACUACCAGUACAUUGAUGCUCGUGAACCUCAGGGGUUGCGCGCUGCUGUCAGCAAGAUCGGAAAACUCUUCACCUCCAAGAGGGUGGCCGCUGGUGCUAGCGUCGCCGCCGCCGCCGGAGGCAUAGCUGGCGUUAUCAAGUCCAGUCAGUCCGAGAAGCCUGCUGCGCGCGAUCUUGAGGAGCUCGAGGAGCUCGCAGCUCGUGAGCCCAUCUUUGGCAAGCUCUUUGGGGCCGCGAAGAAGAUCGGCGGUGGUGCUCUCAAGGUCGCUGCCGGUGCCCUCUCUGGUCGUGAGCUGGAGGAGCUGGAGGAACUGGCUGCUCGUGAUGACAUUCAGGAACUCCUCGCCCGGGACCUGCGCAUCCGCACCGCUUUGCGAGCUGUUGGCAAGCAUAUCACCUCCAGCCGGGUCGCUGCUGCUGCUGGCGCGGCCGGAGCUGCGGGAACUAUCGCAGCUACCGCGAAGUCCCGACGCGACCUCGAGGAGGUUGAAGAGCUCGCAGCACGCGACCCCCGUAUUCGCGCUGCCUUGGGAGCGGUGCGCAAGCACAUCACCUCCAACAGGGUGACCGCAGCUGCUGGUGCUGCCGGUGCUGCCGGCACUAUCGCCGGUACCGCGAAGGCUCGCGAACUCGCAGAUGAGCUCGACGCUCGGGACCCCCUCGUCCGCAAUCUUGUCAAGAAGGUCGUCAGCGGCGCCAUGAAGGUUGGUGGUGGACUCGUUUCCAUGCCCCCUCUUGGUCGCCGCGAGCUCGAAGACCUGGAGGUGCUCGUCGCUCGUGACCCUCUCGUUCGCAAUCUCAUCAAGAAGGUCGCCAGCGCCGCGAAGAAGGUCGGCAGGAAUCUCAACCCAAUGCUCCCUCUCGGACGCGAUCUCGAGAACGUCGAGGGUCUGGAGACGCGCGCCAUCCCCCGCAAGGGUCGCGGCAGGUCUUCCUCCAGGACAGCAUCGUCGUCCAUCAAGCCUGUCGGCGCCUCCGCUGAUAUCAUGGUCCGCGAACCUGUCCUUGGCAAGCUCACCCGCUCGAACGCUUUCAAGAAGGCCGGACCAACGCUCACCCGUUCGAAUGCCUUCAAGGGCCGCGACCUCGAAGAUAUCGAGGGGCUGGCUGCCCACGACCCCCUGGUCCGAAACCUCGUCAAGAAGGUCGUCCGCGGUGCUAUGAAGGUCGGUGGAGGCUUGGUCGCCAUGCCUCCUCUCGGCCGCGACCUCGAGUACGUCGAGGAGCUUGCUACUCGCGAAUACUACGACGAGCUCGAUUAA